AUGUUCUCAAAGAAGAUCUACCAUCACACAGCGAGCCUAGCUAACAAUAGUCUGGGAAAUAAGCCCAGAAUUUAUUUUUCAAGCAGUCCAUACAAACCGAAAUGCAAGGAGGCAUCCGGAUUGUACGACUUCACCUCGAAGUACUUUGCACUAUUCAACAAUGGACAAUCGCCCUCGAACCGGCAGCUAUCGGAUAUCUUUAUUAGCAAUGCUAAUGCUGCUCACAACUUCUCGUAUGGAAUCUGUGACAAAGUUGCCAAAUUGUUAUCUGAAGCGGAGCCUAAUGCAUACGAAGGCAAGGGGGGCCUAGAAGGCCACUUCUACGUGAGGGGACAACUGCUCCAUUUCGACGUCAAUCUCACACAGCAUCUGAAAAGUGGCCUUUGGCUAGCGAUGUACUGGUCGAGCGUAUAUCCUGAGGUCUAUAUCCUAGAGAAAGACUCUGUCAUUGCUCAGGAGCUAGCCGGGCCCGGGCUCUGCGCGCUGGAUCGAACAAUCAUAGCGGCAGACAAGAAGGUUGCGCUUCAGCAGGGCCACGAUGCGGUUAUAAAUAAGAUCAUGGCAGAACAGAAAGUUCCCACAGCUCAACUAUCUGCGUACAUCGGUGGUAACAUGGUGGAUCUUGCCCAGUUCGGAUACAGAGAGUUCUCGGAUGGGAGAAUUUUAGUCACAGUUCAGGCCAUCACGUUGCCGGGAAACCACAGCUUAAGUGGACAGACUACUCAUUGUCUCCAACUCAAUCGAGAGAAUCCUGAAAUAGUGACUUACGUGGUGUAUGGAACUGGUGACGGUCAUUGGCUCGCUGACAAACCAAACGGGGCCAUCAGUAACGUCUUGUGGCAAUUCAAUGGCGAGACAUUGGUUGAGAUGAGUAAAGUCAUGAUAAACAAAAAUGAGUUCGGCUCAGAAGCUCGUGACAGAGCCUACACUGGUCUUCUAUUCAGCAUGUGGAAAAAAUCUCCCGCAGCCGGAUUGCGCCGAUUAAUCUGUACCGUGGGAAUGACCUGUGCCACGCCGGUAGGGCUCGCCAUGGCGCGGCGAAUUACCCAUAUUCCCUACAACUUAGGCGCCCUCGUUCCCUUUGGCGAUACAAAACAUGAAGAGAAUGCUGAACACGAGAAAGGGAAUCGAAUUGAAAUUGAAAAUAUCAACUGGCUCAAUAUAACUCCCGAGCAGGCUUGCGCGUUACUUGACCCCACAAAGUUCGACAGCACCAAGCCGAUAGCUCCCGGUACUCUAGGCGGUCUCCGAGAUGGCGGUCGCAUUAUCAACAUGAGCGCCCUACUUCAGCCGUCUUAUAGUCUCGCAAUGACUAACCUCGCGCAUCACAUAUCGCAGGAGACCUUAGAGGUAGUACGGAAGACCUACGAAAAAGCGAUUCAACCAUGGAUCACGGAGAUGAAACUGCUCGAACUCAAGAAAAGUGAGCAAGAGAUCGUCACCAAGGAGAUUAUGGAGAUAAUCAAUUCCAGUGGAUCCGAAAAACUUGUCCUCCCUUAA